UGCUUUCUUGCUUUCCCAUGUCCGUCCUUGAUGACCUCGCCCAUUUAUAAGGCCUUCACUCAAGCUAGAAACUGCAUCCUCGCUCAUUUCGUGCACUACUAGAGCAUCAGGCUAAUUAGAGAGGCGCAGGAAGGCGAACUUUUCUUCGCAAGUCCGCGGCACUGAAAUACAAAAGUAGGAUCGAUGUUCCCUCUUCUUCUGUUGCUUCUUCUGCCGUAUGUACUGCUCCAGUCGGCAUCAGCGAGAACAUUCAGCAAUUGGACCGAUGUGGAUGCCUUGUUGGCAUUCAAGGCAAGCAUAAGCAACCAGAGGGGUGGUGUCCUAGAUGCAUGGAACACAAGUACUCAAUUCUGCCAGUGGCCAGGUGUGAGUUGCAGCAUUAGGCAUAAACACAGGGUUACGGUGCUUAACCUCACUUCGGAGGGACUUGGUGGCAUAAUCACGCCUUCCAUCGGGAACCUCACAUUCUUGAACACUAUAGAUCUCAGCCUGAACAAUUUGCACGGCGAAAUACCUUCAUCGAUUGGUCGUUUAUCUCGCUUACGUUUUCUUCGCUUGUCCAACAACUCGCUUCACGGUAACAUAGACGACAGCUUGCAGAACUGCACCCGUCUUGAAGACAUCUACCUUGGUACAAACCAGCUCACCGGAGAAAUCCCACCUUCGCUUGGAGGAUUGUCAAAUCUCAAGGCCCUAAGCCUAUGGAACAACAAGUUCACUGGAACCAUCCCGCCAUCACUUACCAACCUCUCAGCACUGCAAAAUAUCGAUCUCAGCGCAAACCAACUCCAAGGUUCCAUCCCUGAGGGCCUCGGCACAAUCACUAGUCUCAUCCUGAUUCAACUGGGUGAAAACCACCUCUCUGGCAUCAUCCCUGCAAAUCUCUUUAACAUUUCCUCUCUGGUCGUCUUCAGUGUGGCGGGGAAUGAUUUGCAUGGUGAACUUCCCUCAAACUUGGGGGAUCGCCUCCCAAAUAUCCAGUACCUGUUACUGGGACAGAACCACCUUACAGGAAGCCCCCCUGCAGCUUCUCUUGCCAAUGCAACUGAGAUGUCCGGCCUAGACAUGUCAUCCAACAACUUCACUGGUACAUUGCCUCGAGAGAUUGGAUUGCUCUGCCUAGACUAUCUCAGUCUAGAAAUGAAUCAGCUAACGGCAGCUACUGCUCAGGACUGGGAGUUCAUGACGCUCUUUACAAACUGCACAAGCCUUGGUACACUUGACCUCUUUUUCAACAAUUUAGGUGGCGUGCUACCAAGCUCUAUUGCCAACCUAUCAGCACAACUCAAAGAACUAGAUGUUGGAUACAAUCAGAUUUCUGGAAAUAUACCAUCUGGCAUAAGCAAUCUUGUCGGGCUAAAUCAACUGGACCUCUCCAAUAAUCGGUUUACUGGUGCCUUGCCCGACAGCAUCGGGAGGCUAAAUUUGCUACAAGCUUUGUAUUUCGAUAAUAAUCUAUUGACAGGGUCUUUUCCAUCCUCCAUCGGGAACUUGACACGAUUAGUAAUUCUUCCGGCAACCGGCAACAGGUUUGAUGGGCCUCUUCCAACAACCCUAGGGAGAUUCCAGGAGAUAACUACAAUAGACUUUUCAAACAAUAGGUUCACAGGUCCGUUGCCUAAGGAGAUCUUUAACCUAUCAUCAUUGUCAAUCUUGCUAGAUUUUUCUGACAAUUACUUUGUUGGUCCUAUUCCAUCGGAAGUUGGUGGCCUAACAAACCUUGCAUACCUAUAUGUAUCAAGGAACAACUUAUCAGGGGCCCUACCCAAUGAACUCAGCAACUGCCAAAGCUUGAUAGAACUCAGGUUGGACCGUAACUCCUUCAAUAGUAGCAUCCCCUCAUCUAUCAGGAAAAUGCAAGGCCUGAUGUUGCUAAAUCUCACAAAGAACACACUAUCAGGUGUGAUUCCUCGGGAGUUGGGGCUAAUGGGUGACAUUGAAGAGUUACAUCUCGGACGCAACAACCUUUCUGGUCAUAUCCCUGAAAGCUUGGAAAACAUGGAGUCAUUAUACAGGCUAGACCUGUCAUUCAACCAUCUAGAUGGCAAAGUUCCAUCACAUGGCGUGUUCAGUAAUGCAUCAGGAUUUUCGUUUGGUGGUAAUUCAGGGCUUUGUGGUGGUAUCUCAGAGCUACAUUUGGCACCAUGCCCUGCAGAAUCCAUGGGACACGGCUCGAGAAAACACCAUUUCAUUACUACAGUAGUUACCCCAAUUGUUGCUGGCAUAAUUCUGUGUAUGAGUUUGAUGCUUCUUUUCUUCACAAUGAGAAAGAGAUCAAAAGCUCGAUCUACAACCAAUGGAGAGUUCCAACUCAUGGGUGACCGUUAUCCUAGAGUCUCUUAUGGUGAAUUGGUCCAAGGAACAAGCGGUUUUGCCAGUGUCAAUUUGAUUGGUAAAGGAAGGUAUGGAUCAGUGUACAAGUGUGGUUUGGUGCUCAAAGAUAUCAUGGCGACAGUAGCAGUGAAGGUUUUUGAUCUUCAACAGUCUGGUUCCUCAAAAACCUUUCUGGCUGAGUGUGAGACACUUAGUAAGAUUCGCCACCGUAACUUGAACAGUUUUAUAACUUGCUGCUCAAGCUCGGACUCAAACCAAAACGACUUCAAAGCCAUCGUGUUCGAGUUCAUGACUAAUGGGAGCCUAGAUAGGUGGUUAAAUCUGGAUGUACAGGCAUCACAUCAACUGCAAGGUUUGACAUUGGCGCAGAGAUUGAAUAUUGCAGUUGAUAUAGCGGAUGCACUAGAUUAUCUGCACAACAACUGUGAGCCACCAAUAGUCCACUGUGACUUGAAGCCAAGCAACAUUCUUCUCGACGAGGAUCUAGUCGCUCACGUCGGGGACUUCGGCCUUGCGAAGAUUCUUCCUGAACCAGGCAUGGAGCAACCAAUGAAUUCAAAGAGCUCGGUUGGAAUAAGAGGAACAAUUGGAUACGUCGCUCCAGAAUAUGGCCAAGGUGGCCAGGUCUCUCCAUGUGGAGACAUCUACAGCUUUGGAAUCGUCGUCCUCGAGCUGUUCACAGGGAUGGCACCUACCCACAGCAUGUUCAUAGGCGGGCUUACCUUGCAGAAGCAUGUGGAGAAGAAUGCAUUUACUGGAAUGCUGAUGCAGAUCGUUGAUCCAGCCCUGCUGUCCAUACAAGAAGCCAUGGGGAGCAGUCUGCAGGACAGAAGCAACGCAAUGGGACAUGAAAGCGAUGCCAUAUUCUCCGUCAUGAAGGUUGCGUUAUCAUGCUGCAAGCAUAAUCCGACAGAGAGGAUGAGCAUGAGAGACGCAUCUGCCGUGGUUCGCAAGAUAAGGGAUGCCCAUGUUAAGAUGAUGAGACGCGGUGAGGAAGUCGUCAGGACCGCACAUGAUGCAAGGCAUUUUGCUGAAACAAGUUCGGCAGCAGAGACAUCCAGGCCAGCCCCCUAA